AUGAUCGCGGUGGAAGGCAACCGGUUGCACGCGCUAAAAAUACGACGCCGAACGCUGAAGAGGAGUUAGUUAAUGCGCCAGCCGGCCAGAAACUGUUCCGUCCGUUAUUAAGUUAAACCGCGAGUUGGACGAGCUGCUGGCGCCGACCACUGGGAACCCAUGCGCGUGCCGACGACGAGCGUCGCCCCUUAGAAACGACCCGCGUCUGUAUAUUCGUCUCGAGGGUCCUUUUUACGCGGUCCCUAGGACGCCCCUUUCAGAAGAACUCUUGCUCUCGGAUCACUCGAACCCCGCCCCGUUUCAGUAUCCAUCAGAGGCUCUGCUCUAUCUUAUCGUAAUUAUUGAGUGGCGCGAACGAUGGAAAUCUGUUACGAUAGCGGCGUUUCGGAAACGCCUGUAAUUCAUCCCGGUGGCCUGAUGAUCGAACGAAAGAUUCAGACGCACCGUACACCCUGCUCAUUCUGCCGCAUGAAGAAACACUUUUUCAAGUGUAGCAUCAUGCGGUGUAAUGUAUAUCAUCAGGCUUAAUGAGAUACGCAUUUAACGUACGCCGGGUCAUCAUUGCUCGUAAUAAGCCGCGGCGUUAAGAACGCGAUCCGUGUAACUGGCGCGUUCAGACGCGGCGAAUCCUAUCGCGUUGCGAUAUCUUGUCUCAGGGUUGCGCUUCUCUUCUACCUUUGGUCCCGAUGUAGCGAUAGAUUUGCAGAAAUUGUGAUCGUGAAAAUGUACGAUGGUGGUUCGACUUUAUUUCUUUAAGUAUUGUCAACAGCAACGUAUCGAAUUGAAUUUCGACAAGCUGACCGGAGGGUAACGUAAUGGAUCGCGGUUACAGAUGCAACGCGUAUGUAAACGCAUUCUCUCCUUUGGAUGCAAUUAUAGGAAAAUUAUUGCCGUCAUCGGUUAUCAGCUGAUUACAUGGUGAUUACGGGGGCAAUUAGUUCGAUGAGUAAGCGUCGGACACGCACGUGCGCGCACACGUUAUUUUCACGCUCGAGUUUCGAGCGUAUGUCGGUGUGGCACACGUCGAGAGAAACUACCCCUUCAGGGUACGCGGUGUUCACUGUAAAUCGUUGCUGGUCUCAGCCUCGCUCCUUUCGGUUCCUCGUCGUUUCGAUAAAAAGAAACAAGUUCGAAAUGUUAGUUUCGAAAACCACGUACCUACAGGAUAACUCGGAUAUAUUUACGAGCGGGUUCGAGAGUACGAGCUCAGUAGAAGUCGGCAGGUGCUCCUGGCAAAAGGUGGCGUCCCGAGACAGCCUUGAGAGAGCGUGCCGGGUCGUUGCUUUCGGCGAAUGAGAGUCUUGGUUGUCUUCGAGAAUGGAGGACACGGUCUCGAUCGUGUAUAGACCCCACUAAAAAUCGAGCAAUCGGUCGGUCGAGGAGAGGACGAAGGGUCGUCGACAGGGAACAAUGGAACACGGUUGCACCUUGGUUCAAGGUCCGUAGAACAUUUAGAUGGAUUUAGACUGAUUUAUUUUUCUAUUUUCUUCAACGAAACUGCGUUGAUUUUGAUUUAUCAAUUAAAAAAGAUUACAUGAUGAAUAAUUUCAACAAGUACUUACAAUUAGAAAUAAAAUUUUGGUAUCUUUUUCUGCAACGAGCAACGAUUAGAUCUGUGUCUUCUUCCUUUUCAAAGAUUUACGUUUAUUAUACGUGGAAAAGUUACAUUUGUCCAACGAAUCCUGCGUAUACACCUCGCUAGCUCGUAGUAUCAUCGACCAAGGGAGUUCAAGGACGAUGGAUCGGAGGAACUUAGCCUAGCUUAACCGAUUCAGAGUGAGGAUAUUCUUGAUACCUCGAUUACGGAAAGUUAACUAUUCCACGGUGUAACACCGCCUAUAGGAGUGUGCAGCGUGAAAGAACGCCGCUAUGGUUGAGACAUUCCUGCAGAAACUUGUUUGACAGUGGUCAUCGAAUAUUGAUCGCGAUAAAAAAAAAAUUCGAUUUUUCUUGUUUCGCUACCGACAUCCUUUAAACUUCUAUCACGUCAUAACUUUUACUUUACUCUCGGAAGAUCGUGAUGGUUUUUUGUUCCGUGUUAACAUAAUCGGGACGGGAGUAAGUCAAUAAAAGUUUCCAACUAAUCCUAUAUUGAUCGUCGUGUGUAUUUUUAUUAGAUGUAUACAGGAUAAACCGGCGAUACUAACAGAGAUAGAGAAACAUAUAUAAUGAAGGAUUUGAAACUUUUCUCCGGAGAGGUAGCGCGAGUAAUUAAACCAUUCAAAAUCGUAGUCCUGAAAGAAGGAUCUCGUAACUUUUGUAUUGAUAUCAGGGGCUAGUGAAGAUUUUCUUUGAAAUACUCUUGACGUCGCAUCUAAUUUAUGGCGUGAUAGGAUCCUGAAACGACCCAACUACGGUUUACUACUCAAACGAUACCUUGCUAUUAUUUCUCGAGAGUCGUAAAUUUCCUUCCUGUUGCAUAUCCCUUCGUCGAUGUGCCGCAAUGACUACAUGCACCUCGAAAAAGUACCGACGAACGCGUUUGCUAUGCACCCUAUAUGCGAGCAGAGGUCGUUGACGGGACUGCGGAAAGAAAGGGUGUUGCACCGCGAGGUGUACGAUACCGAGUAUGCAACAUUCUUGGAAAACGCACUAUCACCGAGGUGUCCAUGUAAAACACGUGACCGAGGGUAAAUAAGAGUCUGUUAAAAGUAUAUUUUAUUUAUAAAUAUCAUUUUAUGAACAUACAUAUGUACAUAUUUACUACUUAUAACGUAAAUUAGAAAUAUUAUAAUGGGUAAAGCACAGUAAACACAUGAAUGUCUUUAUAGAAAGAACACAUGGAAGAGAUAGAAAGACAGAAUAAUCGUUAAUUAAAAAUUUCAAUAAAGCAGCAGAACGGUAGAUAGAGACAGGGAAUACAUAAUUAAAUUAACCGAAACAACAUCGACGGAAUGAAAGUGCAUCCCUUGAUCGAGGCAGCUCCGUGUUACCGCGUAGAGAUGGAGCUGCGAUCCCAGCCAGCCCCGGGCUCGUAAUCAUCGUGGUGGAAAAUCGGUGGUGCAGCCGGUGUUCUAUCGUGGAUCCAUAGGGAAAGUUCGCGAAGAGACGAGCACAAACGGUAACACGGAGGGGGUUGCAAGCCGGUAGGGACGAAUGCACGCACCCGUGUCAGGAGAAGAACGAAGUGCGGCGCUCUCAGCCGGUAGGUGCGCUCAUACUUGUACGCUGGUUCGCCAGUGAGUGGUGGGGAGGGGUGGUACGGUGCCACGUGACCCGACUGACCAAUCAACGUAACGCAUAGCCGGCGUCCGGCACAUGGCGGCGCGCCGGCUUUAGCACCCGCAGUCGCAGUACGUCGCAGUCAGUCGCAGUGGUAACACGAGCGAGAGGGUAGUUGCACGCGCCUGCCUUCGAAAGGAAACAUCGCGGUGAGGGAGAGAGUGUGCGAGAUAAAGAGAGAAAGAAGGAACGAAAGAGAGAGCGCGGCGCCCCUUUGCCUCCGUUUUCAGUGCUUCAGUCGCGCGACGACGCUCUCGGACGCUUUAGUCAGUCGGUCGGUGACGAGGCUCCCAAACGUGAUACACGCGCCGUUACGUUACGUUACGUUACGUCGUCCCGUCGAGGGGAAGAACGAGAACGAACGAAACGGAAGAGAGGAUAAACGAACGAAUAUAUUAUACAUAUUGUAUAUUGGUACGAUAAAAAGCGAUAAAACGAGAAAACACGAGCAGAUCGCGAGCGACGACGUUGACGGUUUCGAGUCGCGCUCAUAUAAAACACGAAUCUCCACGACGAGCAAAGUUCCGAGCAGUGCGAAAUAUCGAGAAGGCCAUUUUCGUACAGCCGGUUGUUACACGCGGUGAAAGAAAACACGCGAGUGUGAGAGACUGAUCGACUAGAAAAGGAACGUACGAUCGUGGACACGAGAUUACGGCGAGCAGUAGCCCACGCGUUUCCAGUGUGCGAACAACAUUCGCGUCGCGCACUCGUCCACAGGCACGCGACGACGCGAGGAUCGGACGGAAAAGGAAAAAGGAAAAAAGACAGGAAAACGAUCACCGACGGAGUCGACGAUUUUAUUUUUAUACGGUGCAUCGUUGUUUUUCCUAAAUAUAUUUCCUCGUGAUCGCGCACUACAGAGACCGCUCGAUUAUCUUUUCUUGCUGUAGUAGCAGCACCGUAUUUCUCGUCCUAAAUAAAUCCCGGUGUGUGUAGUGUGCACGCGCGCGCGCGCACGCGUGUGUUUCAUUGUUUUUCGAUCGUUUCGAAUUAGACUCUGGUCGCGAGGAAUCACCUUUGUUCGACACGGUUCGACCGUAUCGCCGGUUAUUCCAGCGAAGCAAAGAGGAACGUACGGUAGUAAAAGGACAACACGGCCUGUGAAGACGAUAAAAGCCAAUCAAGAAGGAAAACAGUGAAAAUCGGUGGAAUAACAAAACUGUGAUUUAAACAGUUCUCUGUGGGUAAACACGUACGAUUGACUUUGCCGGUGAGACAACGCUCGUGAAACUAAGUCGAGCAACAUGCCGACGAGUUUGUUCAGCGAAAUGGAUCGUGGAGCGAAUGGCGGAGGUACCGCUUCCCUCGAGGAUCAACGAGCCUUGCAAUUGGCAUUGGAAUUAUCUAUGCUCGGUCUCGAGGGUACUCCUGGAUGCCCGGGCACCGGCACAGGGACCGGCACCGGAACUGCCAACGACCCGGACCCACUGCAAACGACACCGGCAGGCGUAUUCGAGGAAGCGCGUUCUAAGAAGAGCCAGAACAUGACCGAGUGCGUGCCGGUGCCUAGCAGCGAGCACGUGGCAGAGAUCGUCGGCCGACAAGGUUGUAAAAUCAAAGCGCUCCGAGCAAAGACCAACACUUACAUCAAGACCCCGGUGCGGGGCGAGGAGCCGGUGUUCGUGGUAACAGGCCGCAAAGAGGACGUGGCCCGCGCGAAACGGGAGAUCCUCUCGGCCGCUGAGCAUUUCUCUCAGAUCCGGGCGUCACGCAAGAGUUCACUGGGCGCGCUUCUGGGCGCGCCUCCUGGACCGCCGGCUUCGGUUCCAGGCCACGUGACGAUUCAGGUACGAGUGCCGUACAGAGUUGUCGGAUUGGUCGUAGGGCCGAAAGGCGCGACCAUCAAGAGAAUCCAACAUCAGACGCACACCUACAUAGUGACACCGAGUCGCGACAAGGAGCCGGUGUUCGAGGUGACGGGAUUACCAGAGAGCGUGGAGGCAGCUAGACGCGAAAUAGAGGCGCACAUAGCCCUGAGAACCGGCACAGGACCAAGUCUCGACGAUUCGGAACUGCUCAGUGUACUUUGUCGCGGAGGGUUGGGCUCGAUCUUGGGCUGCCUCGAUCCACCAGGCUCGAACGGUUCGAACGGAUCGAACGGCGCGUUCUCCAGCAGCGGCAGUUGCAGCAGCUCGUCAAGUAGUUCCGGCGCACCUGGACUUAACGAUAUCGUGGCGAUUUGGGGCGCCGGUGUGGAAAGAGACGAGAGCCUAGGCGAGUCACCGUCAUUCGAGUCGGCAUCCUCGAUCUGGUCGUUCCCCGGGGUCGCGUUACCCUCGAGGUCAUCCCCACCGGCCUCGAUCCCGACAUCGCCGACGGACUCGCUGUUGGGACGACGGGAAUGCGUGGUGUGCGGCGACAAGGAGGUCACAGCGGCCCUCGUACCAUGCGGACACAAUCACUUCUGUCUGGACUGCAGCAACCGGGUCUGCGAGAGUUCCGACCCUAGCUGCCCUGUCUGUUCGAGGCCCGUAUUACAGGCGCUUCGUAUCUUCUCUUAAGCAUCCCCCCCUCGAGAGAAGGAGAGAGCCAACAGAUCUCUAGGCUCCUUUUGCGUCGCGGCACCUGGUACAGCGGCUAUACCGAUUUUCACCGAUUGAUCUGCACUUCGAUUUUUGCCGGCUCAUCCAGGAACGACGGCGCUUGAGAACGCCCAUCCUCGAAUUUUUUCCGUACAGCUCGCCUACCCCGUACGGUUCAGUCCGCGGCUACGCGUUCAUUCCGCGGCUACCACGGGGCAGCGGACGCGCACAAUGUCUCAAUUCCACUGCUGCCAAUAACCUCUUCUAUACGCGCCGGGAAUUACCCGAUAAUACUUGUCGCGUCGUUCCCGCCGACCGGAUACAACGAAGUCAGCUUUUAAGUUCUACGAGAUAUAUAUGGAACGAGAGAGAGAGAGAAAGAGAGAGAGAAAGGGAAAGAGAGAGAAAGAAAAGAAGCAUAUUCGCUCAUUCAUUGUCAUCGUUUUCAUACUGAUAAUAAAAUCGAGCUCGCAGGUUCACGAUCAUCACGGGAGGACUUUGCAGAAAUCACCGCGUGACGAAGAGCGAUCGAUACUCUGUUUGACAUCGAAUCGACGACCGUGUCGUGACAGAAGGAUUACUUUUUGGCUUUGCCGCUUUACGGGCUUGCCUUCGAACUAUUGGAAAAAAAAAAAAAAAUGUUUGACGCCCACUGAUCGAUGCACACGUUAGUAGCGAGACUGUCGAUCACCGAGACGCUACUCGCUCACAGAAACGAAUUAGGCUGAGCUAGCUGUUUCGUAUUGAUUGCAAUAACAUUCCAUUCACUGAUUGUAUUCACGGUAUUUUCGUAUUUUUAUACAAAUUCUUUUGAAUCGAAGGCAGUCUAGAAAAUGGAAUGGUCGAAUUUAAUCAUUAUCGAAUUCAAAUCGAUAAAAUUGUUCUUUCUUUAUACAAUUGACAAUCCAAACGAGUCGACGCUCUCACGAUAUGCGUUCAGUAAGGAGAUGCUCAUCAUUUUUAGAUAUUUUUACAUUUUCUCCUUCUUUCACCAUCGUGUUUUACGUUGAUGAGAUCGAACUUGUAAUUUUUAUUAUGCAAUCCUUUAUGAGACACUGAAUCAAAGGUGCUUGCAGACACUGACGAGUAACAUUUCUACGAGUUGUAUAUUUUUAUUUGAGAAAACGUUUUACCGUUUCAUUCAUCGUUCCGAAUGUUUAAUGAAGACUACAAGCUUCGGUACUCCUGAUGAAGAAGAUACUUUUAGCGUGGUAAAAAGAUGAAGUUCAAACAGGGUUCGUUUGCUCUAUCGAUCAUUAUAUUCUCUCCUAUAGAGACGAAAAGAUUUAAGAAACAAUACGCAAGUAAAACAUGAAUCUCAAUAAGUAUACCUGAAAAUCACGUAAACGAAGAAACAAUUUAACGGAGAACAGCAUGGAACACGAAUGUCGUGCAUUGUCGAUAAAUAAGCUUCCAAAGUUUCUCCGCCAAGAGUUUUUAGAGUCUACCGAGCAAUUCGUUCUGCCCGUCGUUUUUUGACCAACUAACAUAGGGAGUCAAACGUAGUCAGAAUGCCUAUUUUUCUUCUUCACCCUUUUUAACGCAAAAACAAGCGAAAACUUUCCGCGGAAGCGAUUCUGUCGGCCGAUGCACCGACCUUUAACGAACCCUACGAGAUCUGCGAGCUCGUCACACACAACCGCAGCGAAUGAUUACCGAAAAAUUGCCCACACUUGACGCAUUAAACACACACGAACACAUACGCUACAGGCAGACAGUCAAUCUUAUUCAUACAGGCACACGUUGCACGACAGAAGAGAGAUUAAAAAAGAAAAAGGAAGAAAUUAUGGGUGAGUGGUCACGUGUCCCUCGAUCUGCUGGGAAACUACUUAGAUGAUAGUAUUAUAAAAAAAAAGAAAAGAAAUGAAAAAACGGCGUGCCCGUUCCACCCAGCCUCCCUCGCUACUAGAGUAUUAUCUUAUCUUUAUAUAAGCGACAUAGCAAUUGAAAUAAUAAUAAUAUUAAUAAUAUAUAUUAUAUAUAUAAAUAUAAACAUAAAUAAAUAUGGUGGUCAGGAGGAGUCUGACGACAGUAAGAAGGAUGAUAUUUUAUCGAGGAGAUUUAGAUUUUGUAUUUUUCGCGCGUUUCGUCGACGGGACGACGGGUGGUUGGGGACAGCUGCACACGCCGUAGACAAAGAGGAAAAUUAUUAUAAGAGUUAUAUUAAAAGAAGAUAGGAAAAAAAGCAUACAAAAAGAAACAGAAAAAAAAAGAAGGAAAAGCGAAAACGGCGCUUGAAGGGAAACAAAACUAAUGUUUUUAAAGACGGCGUAUCGCAGGAACUCGUGAACCGGCUCUCCCUGGGAAAAGCUGAAAAAAAAAACGAGAACAAGGGAAAGAGAAAAGCUGUCGGUCGAUCCCCACGUGGUUUGCGGCCGACUUCUUCCCCCCCUGUAAGUGUAUUCUUUUGAGCUCUAGUAAUAAUAAUAAUCGAGUAAUAUAACUCGUUCUUUCAAUGAAGAACUAAACCGAUGUAUCUUUCACGUAGGGAUCGACGACCCGUGUAUUUAAGCUUUUCUUUGAAAAGUCGACAUUAACAUUAUAUUAUAUUAUAUUAUAUUGCAUUAUUGUAUCGCAUAGAUGUAUUAUCGGAUGCUAUAUAACGGUGUCACUCUACCGCGCCCUCUCGUUAGGAUAACGUGUCAGGUGAGGAAGGACGACCACGCUUUAUUUCCUUCUUUCCAUGGUGUCUCGUUCCUCGUCCUUCCCCGGUGACAUCCUCGUGGACGAGUCUCAUGAUUUUCAUAUACGGCAAAACGAGAAAAAUUUCAUGAACCUCUGUGCCACGAGCGUGGGCCCAAAAACUGCGAUAUUCGUUUUGCGGUACGCACGAGAGGGUGGUCGGUACGUGUCUCUAUGUUCUUCUGUGUUCCAUUUACAUUUUUCCUUUUAUUUUUUUCUUUUUACGCUGAACGUUAUCGUUAUCGUUCGCUCGAACGCGUUUCAAAAAAAAAAGAAAAAGAAAAGAAAAGAAAGCUGGUCGAAAGAGAUUCUUUCCUUUUUCUUCUUUGCGUUAGAUCUUAACGAAAAUCGAAGGACGAAAUUACUUAUUAGUAAAGGUUAGACAGAGGGCCAAAAGAUAUAGGAACGAUGCACUUGUGUGCACCAAUUAUACUAUUGUUUCGUAUUUAUGCUGACUUCAAUUUCGAGUUCGAUUUCCUUUCAUCGUCUUCGUCGUUCUCUAUUUUUCUGCGAUCUCUUUUCCUUCGUCUUUGUUUCGUUUCUUAGAAUCGUCGAAACUUCUUGUCAAUCGUUGCCAUUUUAAAACGAAAAUAUGCUCAAGUCGCAGCUCCGAACAAGUCGAGGUAUAUUAUUAAUACGUAUUACAUAUAUAUAAAAACAAAUAUAUAUAUAUUAUAUAUUAUAUACGUCAUCAUCCAGUGUUGACGGAUGGUCGGAUAGAAAGAAGAUAUUUUUUCGGUCGUUCGAGCCGCAGCUCUGUAUAGCGGGUGUUUCGGUAGUUUAUCAGCCAAAACUCAACCCCUUCGUUCUUUAUUUUUUAAUUUUAUAUUUUCUAAUGUUUUAACAUCGAAUCGUUUUAUUGUGUUUUCGUUCGCUGUGUGUUUCGUUUCCGUCGUUCCAGCCCGGUACCAGCCCUUUUCUCCCCCACGUCGUUCUCUUCGUUCGAGAAACAAAAAUCUUCCUGCUUGUUAAAAGUGUUUCCAUUGCGAGAUAAUAGUUAAUCAGCACCACACACGCAUACACACACUUAAAGAUACACAGUAGAAACAGUCUGACACAUAUACGUUCAUUUAAACGCAUUUUUUCUGCAUAGUGUAUAUUAAUAUACCUACACAUAUAUAUAUAGCUGAUUAUUUGUUGCUACAGACAUGCAUACACGUACAUUCUCGUAAACAUCAGAAACGAGGAAAAGACAUUCGCGAACGCAAUUCAUCGUGCACAUCCGGUACGAUACACGUAAACAUACGCGCACACGCACGGACAGAAACACGAAUAAAAUUAUAUAUAUAUAUUAUAAUCAAUGAUAGAGAGAAAGAGUGAUCGAGUGUGAGAGUAAAGUUUAUUAUAUUUAAGUUCGAGGCAAAGUAAAUUCUAUAUUUUUUCUAUGUUAAGUAUAAAUUGGAGAGAGAGAGAGGAGAGAGAGAGAUAAAGAUGCGUAAAAGGUACGGUGAUGAAUAUAAACAUAUAUUAUAUUAUUAUAUUAUAUAUAUAUUAUUAUAUUAAUAUAUUAUAUUAUAUUCUAUAUAUAUACAUAUAAACUAUAUAUUUAUAGGUACUCUCUAUAGCAUCUAUGUUCCGACAUACGGGGACGCCGUCGCACACAGUGUAAUAAAAGUACGGUCGGCGUGUUUGUACGUGUACGUGUAGAGCAUCCCAGAUAAUCUGUCAUUAACUUCGUUGCGUAAGUGUGAUUUUAUGAUUCUAAUUAACCGAGAUCAGGGAAGGGUAGUGAAAGAGAUAAACGAAAGAAAGAAAAAAGAGCAGGGGCUCGAGUUGUCACUCUUCUUGCGUUUUUUCUCGCUUCUUCCUUUGAAACGGGAUCUUAAAAGACAUUGCAGACUUACGAUGAAAGAGGAAAUAGACUCGAUUUAACGAUCGCUCGGGCACGAGAAGGGCUCGAAAAAAUGUAAUUUGUAUCCGCACGGAUGGCGAAACCGUUUCGAGGGAGGAAAAUGGGAGAUCGUAGGUUUCCCGCGGGACGUAUAACGACAGAGGACGAAGGGAGGGAAGAAGUAGAGAGGGCGGUUGCCAGAACUUGAAUCGAAUCUCGUCGUGCUCGCGAAUCGAAAUUAAUCCUUGUCAAAAUGAAACGCCAGAAGGGGUGUGCACGGAGAACUAGACUGCCGGGCGCGUUCGUGCCGGAACUCGAGUCACCGGAAACGUCUUACGGAAAUCAUCGACGAUCCAUGUGUCUUCCUCUCCGCGCGAUUCCGGAAUAGGACACCCAGUGUCCCGGGUUCCGUAGCGCGACACUGGUGGCGCAAUUACAGUAAAACGAGCACAGUUUGUCGAGAAUCUCCGCUAGACUUUGGGACAAUUCCAGGCUAGAUAACGCAACCUUCACUUUGGCCGAGGUUCCGACAUAUCGCGGCAAGAAGUCGGUCUCCCGUUCCUCGACGAUCGUCAUCUUUCGUCGUUACGUAGCCAGUGCACUUAGCUCCUGUGCAUUAUGCACGUACGUACGUAUGCGCGCGUUCCCGUUUUCCCGGCCCACUUAUUCCCACCGAUAACGUCGUCGCGAUCUCUGCUGUCCCCGUUUUCGAUCGUCUAUACUUGCGUCGCGACGUAGACGCGCGGAAACGCGUCCACCGCCGCUUCGAAUCUCCUCGCUAACACCGACGUCAGGUCCAGAAAUUAGAGGAAAAUAGUCGUUAGAAUUCUGAUUUGUUUUUUCUCCUGACAUUCUCGCGGCUAAUAACCGGAAUGAGAACGGGAUUUACAGUGCCAUACGUGAAUCAAAAGGUCUACGUUUACGUAUCUUACGUUUACUCGAAACGUUUGAUUUUCCGUUUUCGUUAGGAAAUGAUAUUUUUAAAGACUCACCUAUAGCACGCGUGAAUAAAUCCACGAAGAGACUUGCUCGAUUUCCGUAUCGAUAGGCGAGGCGCGAAUUUGCCGGAGUUGUCUGACCGUCAAGUUCCUUUUUCACUUAAACCGUUGGACCGUUCUCAGUGGUAUCAGUCAACGAUGUGUCGGACGGAUCAUAGUAAGCUCGCCGCGUGAUCCUUUUCCCCAUUUGUCUUUCCAUUUGAUAUGUUCUGUUUUCAGUUUUUAAGUUGUUUAUGCGCUUUCGAAAGAAUUAUUAUAAGUAAAUUAUGUAAAUGAUAUAUAGAUAUAUAUAUACACAUACAUACAUAUAUAUAUAUAUAUUUUUAUAAAUAUCCAAAAUAUAGUAACGUAUUAUUGUAUUGUUAUUUAAUCUAUUUUUCGUUAUUUUAUACAAACGUAUUAAAGUCUUAUUUUUUUAUCGAGAUUAAAGAAAAUGGUGAAGUGUAUUAAAAGGGUAUUGUGAAAUCAAUUAUUGUUUUUUAUUAAUGCUUUCUCGCAACGAAGCCUGACUCGACACGAUUUUUCACCUUGUUUUCUUUGCGCUCAUUUAUUUCUUUUUUAAGCGUGUCGCGAGUUUGCGAGUAAACGUCGACGGCCUCGCAAUAACCGGAGAAUAAAAUAAAAUAAAAAUAUUACAAACUAGAACGAUGUUAAGAAGGCUGCGAACGCGGGACGCGUAGCGAACGUUUCGGUUUCGCAAUUUUCUCGCGAGCGUUUGCGUCUGAUAUUUUACGACCGUCCUGCAAUCAACCCUUCGUGGAAGGGUCUUUCAAAUCAGAUCGAUAAACGCGAGCAGUCCGACACAUUUUGCCGGCAGAGGAGCCGAAAUUGGACGCGUUUACCAGUCGGAAAGCUCGUCGAGUUCGCGAUUAUUCCCUACGGUCGAGGUUGUUUCGCGAAUCGAUACGGAAAUCGAGGCUGAUGGUCUCUUCCUUCGAAUGCAACGAAAAAAUAGACACAUCGUUAACCCUCGUGGCGACUUGGCCGUGGUGAACGAAACUAUUAAAGCAUAUGCGGUGUAUCUUUGUAGCACGUUCUCUCUAGGAGGCAUUUAUCAUGUUUUAACGUAACGAGUAAUGCGUCUAAGGUUAACUUAAUCGUAAUCGUAUUGAAGCGUAACAUUUAAUGAUUACUGUAGCCAUUGGCUGUGACCGAUAACUGCCAUUUUCAUAAAAAAAAAAGAAAAAAAAAACAAAGACGAGAAGCGAGAACGCGUCGCGUUUCGCGACGAUUUCACGACACGUAAAGAGAAUACGAGUAGACCGUAUGGCGGGACACUUUUACACCAUGCACCAAACACACUCACACACGUACACGCGUACACGUAUAGGACACGCGUAUAUACAGUUAGCCACGAUUGAGUCGCCGUGAGGUGACAGAACGACGAAGACUAUUUCAGAAACGAAUUCGAUAGGGAGAAUCAUUCGACCAUGAUGGAAACGAGACGAGAGUUAGAAGACGAUAUCGAGGGAAAAGGCGUCGCGAACAUUUUCAGGCGUUCGGGGGGGAGGAAGGAACAGUAAAGUUUUGACACUAGGGUGAAACGAUGUGCGAUUACAGAGCAACUGCAAGGACACGUACACCCAUACGACGAUACAUAUCUCAAAGAAUAAUAACUAAACGUAAGGGAGAUUAUUAGGAGUUAGUAGAUGACAGAGUAAGAAAUAAGUGGAAUCUAGCGAAUGGAGAUUAAAAUGAAAAAAAAAAAACAAAAAAAAAAUGAAUAAAACAGAUGAUAAUUAUAGGUAUAUCGAAACGUAUAUACAUAUACAUAUAUAUAGAUGAAUAUAUAUUAUAUAUAGAAAUAUAUAUUAUAGAGAAAAAAGAGAAAGAGAGAGAAAGAGAAAAAUAGAUGAUCGUUGUUGCUUAAUUUUUUGUCUCUAUUUACUAUAUUAUUGUAUUCUAUUAAAUAGCUCUAUAUUUGAUUAUUAUUAAUUAUAUUAUUAUCAAUAUUAUUACUAGAAUUAUUAUUGGCUCUAUAUAUAUAAUAUAUAUACAUAUAUAUUUCAAGUAUAUAUCUAUGCUUGCGUGUAACAACGGUUCGUUGGAUCUCGGUUCAUUGCACUCGAAACAGAUUCUACGAGCGGUUUUUUGUUUGUCGUUCGUUUGAAACGCUGUUUUAAAUUGUUUUACGCUUGAGGAUCGAUCGGUCGAUCAGUCGCAACAGCAGAUCGAGGUUCGUUUGUUCGAUGGGAUCGAUGGACUACGCGUACGUCCAUUAUCUUCAGACGUACCGGGUCUAAUUCAUCCUCUUCAUCUUCUUUUCCUUUUUCUUGUUUUCUUCUCUCUGCGCAAACUGUCGAUCGACGAUAGAUAGUGAUUGGAUACGAGUGAGAUCGUUCGUUCGUGUAUCUCUAAUAUAUUAUACAGAAUUGUACAUUAAAGAAAAAAAGAUAUUAUAUUCGGUAGGAAGGGGCGUUCGAGUGUUCGAGGGCAGAACGGUCGCGCGGUUCAUUGUAUUAUUCUAUAUCGGUCGAAUUAAAUCGCGCGAUCGUGCAAACUCUCGAACGUAAAAUUACUUAUUCUUGAGACUACUUAUUCGUCUACUUAAUUAUUAUAGAGACCGAGAAAACGUAGCGUGCGGCCGCGUUUAUAUUUCGGGGUUGGAGAGGAACGCACGCGUGUCAGCGUCGAUUCGUCGCGGCGGAUGUUGUUCCAUCUUGUUUUCAACAGUACGUAACAAAUUUUAAUUCGUGUUUGCGUAGGUUUGAGUCGGUUAAAUUGAUUUGAUAUUUAAAGAUAUAACAAAUGUAUCAACGAAUAGCAUUGAAUGUACGCAAACAACAUGGAAAUAAUAUAUUGAACGGGAUAGAGCCAGUAUCGCGGGAUUAGGAUCAGAUGUCAGCCCACAAUUUCGAUCUCAACAGCAAAUGAACCAUUGAAACGAUGCAAAAUCUCGAAACGCUUGAUAGAUCGUCGAGUUAUCGCGUGCAUCGACCUUUCGUUCCUUUCGAUUUCAUUUCCUUUCAAUUUGUGUUCCUACGCGAUUUCGAGACUCGAUUAGGAGAGCUAGCUUGCCGUUUUCUAAACGUGGUUGCAUUACUUCUGAUUUCGCUAGCAAUCUUUCCGUACCCUUCGAUUGCCAUUUUUCUCUGACGAAAAAAAAAGAAAACAAAAACGAAAAAAAAAGAAGAAGAAGAAGAAUAAACGGGGGAUGUACGUUCGCGAGGAGACAAGGAUGCGCUGUUUUUUUAUUGACGUAACAGGACGCGUGAUUUUCCUUUCUUCGAUAGUUGGAGAAACAAUAUUUAGGCAAUAGGGGUGUGCGUGUGUGCAUGUUCGCGGCUGAAUGAUCAAGUUUUUCGUAAACGCGACGUGAUCUGAGGAAGGCAGCCGCUCCGAAACUAGAGAAUCAGUAUUUAAAAAAAAAAAA